AUGAGCUUCGGUUUCAGUCUAGGCGACUUCAUUGCGGCAAUCGAGCUUGCCAAUAAGAUCCGGAAAGAAUUCGUUGACGCGCCGCGCCAAUUCAAGGCUAUUUCUGACGAGGUCAGAAGCCUUUCGAUCGUCCUCCAAGAUAUCGAUGUUAACCUAUCGAACCACCAAAUCAAUAAUCAGCAAGAAACACACCUACAGGAAGUUUCCAGUAGCUGCCGAAAUGUCCUAAACGAAUUAGAGAAGACGGCGAGGAAAUAUCAAGAACUGGAAUGCAAAGGUGGGAGUUGGAGUACAAAGGCGAAGAGGGUCUGGAAGCGACUCAAUUGGGAGCCAGAUGACAUUCAUCAACUGAAUCGGAAACAAAAUGAUCAAGAACGAUGCAUUAUUCUCGAUUGGCUUACCACUAUCGAUUAUGCUUCUCAACAAAGCGAUUUCAUCAAUCGGCGACAAGCGGGGACUGGACAAUGGCUUAUUGAUUCGGAGGAAUACCAGACAUGGGUGCACACGCCGAAGAAGACGUUAUUUUGUCCGGGGAUUCCCGGAGCGGGGAAGACUAUCCUUACUGCGAUCACUAUCGAUGAUUUGACUAUGCGGUUCCAGAGUGAGGCAGACGUUGGCAUUGCGUAUCUCUAUUGCAACUUCCGGCAGCAAGACGAACAGAAGACCGAUCACUUGCUUGCAAGCCUAUUGAAGCAGUUAAGCCAGGAGAGAGCUUCUUUGCCAGAUAGUGUGAAGGCCCUCUAUGAAAAACACAAGGACCAACGAACACGACCAUCAUUUGACGAGAUAUCGAGAACGUUUCAGUCUGUGGCUAUAAUGUUUUCGAGAGUUUUUAUUGUUAUCGACGCACUCGAUGAGUGUCGCACGACUGAUGGCUGCCGAACCAGACUCUUAACAGAGAUCUUCUUAGCUCAAGCUAAGUCAAGAACAAACGUUUUUGCGACCUCAAGGUUUAUGCCCGAGGUUACGGAGAAGUUUGAAAGGAGCAUUUCACUAGAGAUUCGUGCUGGCGAAGAAGACGUGCGAAGAUAUUUAGAAGGCCACAUGUUCCGGCUUCCAGGAUUUGUAGUUCGGAAUCCUGAACUACAAGAGGAAAUCAAGACGAAUAUUGUUAAGGUUGUAGAUGGGAUGUUUCUACUUGCACAACUCCAUCUCGAAUCCUUAGCUGGGAAGAGAGCGCCAAAGGCUAUCCGAACUGCUUUGAAGAAUUUGGCCACAGGAUCUGGAGCGUAUGAUCACGCGUAUGAAGAUGCUAUGGAACGGAUCAAUGGCCAGAUCAAAGACCAGGAAGAGCUUGCUAAGCAGGUUUUGUACUGGAUCACCUGUGCAAAGCGCCCGCUCACGACUUCGGAACUUCAGCACGCGCUUGCUGUGGAGAUCAAUGAGUCUCAACUUGACGAAGACAGUAUUCCACAAACCGAAGACAUAGUAUCUGUAUGCGCUGGUUUAGUCACAAUCGAUGAAGAAAGCAGCAUCAUUAGGUUAGUCCACUAUACGACUCAGGAAUACUUCGAUCGAACAUGGCAAGAGUGGUUUCCAAAUGCACAGACUGAUAUUGCGACAAUCUGUGUUACAUACCUCUCGUUCGACAAGUUCGAAAUUGGAAUUUGCCAAAACGACGAGGAAUUCGAAGAAAAGCUACAGUCGAACCAGCUUUACGACUAUGCCUCACGUAAUUGGGGAUAUCAUGCUCGCGAGGCUUUUAUAUUAAUCCCAGAAGUAAUUAGCUUUCUCGAGAAAAAACCUCAAGUGGAAGCAUCGAGCCAAGGACUACUAACCGCGAAGCGAUGGCUAGGUCUCGUGGGAUAUAGCCAUCAAUUCCCGAAGCAAAUGACAGGACUCCAUUUGGCUGCAUACUUUGGAAUUGAGCCUGCCGUUAAGCUGCUGCUCAAGAAGGGCGCCGAUAUAAUGGCGGCUGAUAGUGGCGGAUGGACGCCACUACACUGGGCCUCUAGGGGCGGGCACGUCGAGGUC